AUGCGGGCUGCAAUUGGAGGAGUCCUCUCCACGCGUGCUUCUCGAAUACAACCAGAAAAGGAGAACAACACCACUAAUAAUUCAUCUAAAGAGUCAACCGCGAGAAACAAUCCCAAGAUCAGUGCAAAUGGGAACACUCCCGCCAUCAACGCUCGACCAACACGACCCUCCUAUCGCCCUCCUUUACAAUCCCGCGACCACAAUGCCACGAUGAGAGGUUCGCAGAAGGGAGGAACACCGUUAACAGCGAAGAGCGGAAAUGCGAAUAUGCCUUCCUACGAGAAGCCCACCAAUUCUUCGAGACCACUUAUGCCAACCCUCAGUGCGUCCGCAAAAGGAUCGAGUCGACCACCUUUGACUCCACGAGUAGCUGGCUCUGGUCCAACUGUUGCCUCGACCCCGAUAUCGCGACAGGGCCCUCGAACGAAAAACAGCACUCCCAGUGCCUCGAAGGAAGACAUCUCAACACCUGUUUCUGCUUUUCUCAACAACAAUAUUACACCAAGAUCAGGGUCGAGAAAGAUACGGGUGGACAGCACGAAUACCACGCCCACGGGAACUCCCAAUGGCACACCCCUCCAUGCUACAUCAAAUGACUCCUUUCGCGGUGGGCAAGAUGCUACACCCACGCCAGGCCUAGGAAUUUCUGCUCUGGAUAGGGAUUUGAAUAAAAGACCAACAGUGUCUUUCAGCACUGGGAGUUCAGAAGUUGGAGGAUAUGCGAGAAGUCCUGGGGCAAAUGGACCGGCGGAUUCCAAGUUCUUCUUCGCCAGUGAUGCAAAAACCACUCAACCACCCACCAGACCUCCGUUGCCGUCCAAAUCGUCGUCCACCUUUUUCUACGCAAACGGAGAAUCUAUUCCACCACCACCUAGCUCUGGGGCUUCUGCAGUUGGGUCGUCGUUGGGAGAGGAGAAAAAUCAGCCAAAAUUCUUCCACGCGAAUGGUACACCAGAUUUACAACUAUCGCCCUCCCCGCAUUUUGCACCACCUAGAGCGAGCUCUGUAGUGUCAUCGUCGUCUCGUAUGACCUUGACCAGAGCAGCAACAGCGAGUCCAAUUAUAACCUCACCCUCUCAGAGACCAAUGUCUCCAUCAAAGCUCAGUCAACAACCAACUGUAGCUCCACUAAGGAAUACACCUAGCAUUCAAUCGGCAAUAUUACCCCGGCCUCCUGUUUCAGGCCGAGGUUCGUCAGCAAGCAAUAUCACAUUGGCUCGACGGUCGAGCAUCGAGUCUACCUCACGUGUCUCGAGUCAUGGACGUUCUAUUAGUAUGGGAUCAUCAACAUCACCGCCAUCAAGAAAAGUGUCUAGUCCGGUUGAAUUAAUGCCACCAUCUACACCACUUAAUUUAAUAACUACCGGGCUAGUAUCUUCUCCAGAGCAGACGCCAGAUCCUCCUAGCUCGAUUGACGAGGUUGCUUCGGAUCAUCUUGUGAGUCCAAUGAAAGCGGGACAAUCGAUCGAGCAUUUGAAUGAAUUAGCAGCCAAUGCUCGUAGGGAACGAAAGGUUCUUGAUUUGGAAAUCACUAACUCAUCACUUGCCGCCAUCAACCGGACACUUGAAAGGGAAAUGAGGAAGCAGACUGCCGAAUUACGACGUUACCGAAGACUUAGCAGAUCUGGUCGACUUUCUAUUGCUUCUAGUUCACUGAGGACAUCGACUGGAACUUUUUCACUGCUUGAUGGUGGAUUAGAUGGGCAGGAUCUUUCCGAUAUGAGUGAAGAAGAGGAAGAGGAGGAGGGGUUCUCAUCUGAAACCUCGGACUCGAUGGACGAUGGUUCUCUAAGUCCAGCUGCCAUGGCCGAAAGCGAUCUUCGUCAUCGGCAAAAAGACGAGAAGAGAUUACAGCUUGAUUUAAGCAAACACCAACAACUACUAGUCGACAGUCAACAGAUGAAUCAGAGCUUGAAGCGCUGCUUAGGCUGGACCGAGGCGCUUAUCAGCGAGGGAAAGAAAGCUUUGGAGUAUAAAGUCCGAGUCGAUAUCGAACUAGGAGGCAGAGUCCUCGUACCUGAGGAACUCGAGUCGCCCGAGGAGGAGGAAGAUAAUGAAGGCAUGAGCGAUAUCGGCGCUCGAAUGCUCAGAGAAGCGCGACAGAAAGCAGCUGUAAAUGCUUCAGCGUGGGAAGCAAGAGAUGACAGGGAUAGCGGGAUUGAAGUCGAUGGAUCUCAUCGCGAGAGACUAGCUGAGGCUUUUAAUUCCUAA